GGUCACAGAAGGCGCCAAACAUCUGCAGCCUAAGUUGGAGUUGCCAUAGUGACCGGCCUAUCUGCAUCCUCCAUGUAUUUCCUCCCAGGGUCAAAGCAGAACUAGAACUCAAGGGUGUUUGUCUGGGCGCUUCUUUAUGCCACGAAUGUUCACCUCGCUGGAUGUCACUUGCUGCUUGCCUUCGUUCAGUGACUUCUCGAGAACUGGAUGGAUUUUGUCCCAUGGAAAGCCAAUCGGCUGACAUUGAGAGCUCUGCUGUCAGUUUGGGUGGGUUUAAGUUUGAGCUGCUGGCGUGCCCAAGCUUCAGUGGCCACUGCAGAGUCUUCAGCACAGCGCAAAUCAGCCUACAACUUCAGCAAGCCCUUCCUGGGACUUGACAAAUGUAAUGCCUGCAUUGGCACAUCCAUCUGCAAGAAGUUCUUCAAAGAAGAGAUCAGAUUUGAGAACUGGCUGUCGUCAAACCUCAAGUUGCCGUCCAGCUACAAAGUUAGCUACGCAGGAAAUUACACGGAUGAUUCUGAGAACUGGAGGGUGAUAGUCAUAUCCCGCCUGCUUCCUCAGUAUAAGCACGACCUCUCCGACACGAGGAUCUGCAGCUCAGCGCACAGGAGCACCUGCAGCAUCGAGAGUGUCCUGAAGAGCACAGAGAGGUUCCAGAAGUGGCUGGGCUCCAACCUGCUCACUCCAGAACUCGUUCAGGGCUUAUCCAGCCCCAUGCUGCGAUGUCCUUCACAGCGGCUCCUGAACCGGAUCAUAAGGCGAUAUGCUGAGGUGGCCGACGCAGGAAGCAUUCAAAUGAAUCAUUUUAGAGAACAGGAUAAACUGAGGCUUCUGUACACGCUGUCCAUCAACCAGCAUCCUAUUAUACUUCAGAUAUUUCCUGGAAAAGAAGGCUGGCCCUUCCCAAGGUAUCAUGGAUCCUGUGGGAGAAUGAUGGUGACAGCUGGAACGGAGCCCCUCCGUAGGUACUAUGGUGCUCCCCUGGAGACAGUAGCAGACCUGGCCUAUCAGCUUCUGCACAUCACGGAAUUCCUGAGGGAAAACGGGCUCAGCUACCUCUUGUACUACACGGCCGUCAGUGCUGACAUGUUUGGCACUUUCGAGGACGGUCGUCUGUUCAUCACAGAUGCCAGCACCAUAGGAGUCAUUGACAAGCAGGAAGGUUAUCCAUUGGAGGGAAGACACAAGGAACAGCAAGAUAUUUUCUCCUGCCUCAGCAUGGACUGCAGGCCAUUUCCAUCUUGCCAGUCAGUCAGAGAGGCACAAAGUCUCCUCCUGUUGUGCAAGGAGAUCCUACCAAAGCUGCUGCUAUCCCGGCAACGGACUAACCUACACCUCCAUAAGGAAAUGAAGCUGCUCCUCCACGACUGCAGUGCUGCUGCACUUUCUGACAAGAGCAUUAUACAUGCAGCAAAGGAGCUGAUGCUUCUGUUAAAGCCACUUCGUCCUUGCACACAGAGCUUCCCGUAUCGCUAUCCAGAAUGUAAAUACAACACGGACUACUAAUAACAAAAAAGACAACACGCAGGUCUGUUCACAAGGGCUGAUGAGCUCAAGGUUAGCUAUGCUAGAAGACUCCAAGGUGUACACACACACACACACACACACACAUAUAUACAAACAUGGUGUGCCUUUUGGGACAAGAUAAGGACAUUUAAAGGCUGGCUGUGCAACACUGGGGACAUUUCUUUCUAUGUUGGUUAAGUGUUAGUUAAUUUACCAAUUUUUAUGAUGUGAUUUCUAAUAAGAGUAUUUAUUAAUUUAGUACCGGACUAUGACAACACUGUAUACUCUACUUUGAAUAAUUUUGACAGCUUUGGGUGAGAGACCUUAGCAUCAGAUCAUCACUGCCUUGGUUAGAUUACACGCUGCUUCAAUGGCUCGUCUUGACUGGAACACUUACUGUAGCUAACAGUGAGGAUUGUCUGGUAGGUCUACCUUUGACUCCCUAAAACCAAUCUGCACGUUUGCCUCAGUGCUCAUUCAUUUCUGCUGAAAGUCAUGGCAGCUCAUAAACUGCAUGGAAAAUUGGUGCCAAGGAAAAUGAGGACAAUCCUCAGAACCUGACAUUCAUGUUUCAUAGACUACUUUUGAGCACACUGUUUUAUAUGCGAUGUUAUUUUUAUUUGUUUCACUGACUUGUGUUCCAUUGUAGUGUUUGGCGCCUCCAAAAAAAGGAGUAAAAAAAUGAAACAAAUUAAUGAAGGGAAAUUCUAGACUAGUACACCAUUCGGGAUUAGCUUCCAGCUGGCACCUGAACUGCUUAGACUCUGUGAGGGAUAAAUAGAGACAAAAUACGACGAUAACAAUAAGAUCUGCAGACCAGUCAGCGGAAUAAAUGCAUUUCUGGCACUGCAACAAUCUACUAGUUGCACUUGUUCAUUUCUGUUUUAUGUCUGUUCAACUCAAUAAAAAAAUCAAUUACAAAACAGGUAGAUAUUCAAGUUGAUCUCCCAUUGUCUGUUCUAAUCUAACAUUUUCAUCUCCUACCUGUAAUACGUCACAUUUACUUCCAUUAAAUUUCAAAUCUACAUAAGCCUGUAUGUGGGUUUACAUUAUUCCAUCUACUAUACGGUCAUCUGGAAAUUUAAUCUGUUUGCUUUUAUAUCCUUGUCCAGAUCACUUAAAUAUAUUAAAACAAGCAGUGGCCUCAGCACUGACCCCUGAGGGGCACCACUUUUACCAUCAUCUACUGUAAGGGUCCUUGCACCAUAACUCUCAGCUUCCAUUGUUUAAGAUUGGUUUUGGCACCCAUCUAUCCACUACACCCAAAACAUCCAUCUCUUUUAUUUUGAUGCACAACCUGUCAUGUAGGACCUUAUCAAAUGUCUUCGGAAAAUCAAGAUAAAUAAUAUCAUAUGUGCCCAUCUAACCAUAUACCUGUGCCACUUCCUCCUAAAACUCUCCCAAAUAUAAAUCAAUGCUGACUGCUCAUUGGCACUCCUGUUCUUGGGGUCUGCGGCUCGGCCUUCUCCUUAAUUGCUUGCAUUGAUCUACAUGUUAAGCUUUUUGGCCUAUAGCUGCUGUACUUGGCUUAGCAUGAUAAUGAUGAACCUUUUUUGUAUAUUAUAAUGGAGGAAAAAAAUGAUAUAUUUUAUCUUUAGGUAUUUCUAAAUUCUGUCUUCCUAUAUUUAGGUAUUUCUGAGAAUAAUGCAUUUUUUUUAAUCAUUAUAUAAUUACUAUCUUACUUAAACUCUCUAGGGCCAACAUUAUCUGGUCACUGCAAUUUAUUGGACUUCAGCCUUUUUAGUUUAAGCAGCACUUCUCUCACUGUGUUCUCCAAAUAACUGAGUAUCUCCAUAGCUACUGGAAAGUUGUUGAAUUGUUAAUGUGUAAAAACGUUAGAAAAAUCUGAGUUCAGAGCAUUUGCUAUAUAUUUAAUUUCUCCCUGCUGUUCUCAAUACCUGCGGUGGGCUGGCACCCUGCCCGGGGUUUGUUUCCUGCCUUGUGCCCUGUGUUGGCUGGGAUUGGCUCCGACAGACCCCUGUGACCCUGUAGUUAGGAUAUAGCGUGUUGGAUGGGUGUUCUCAAUACUUUUCACCUCAUUCGUGACCAUUCACUUUUAUUCUGUUUACUGCUAACUGAACCACUUUAGGUUAGAGUUGCUUUUGCAUUCUCCUCAGAAAGUGCAUGGGAGAAAAGCACAGAGAGGCAAAUGAGUUCAACAGUGUUUAAAUAUUUAAAGCAAGACAAAUCCACCUUGGUAAUAAAUUCUGCUUUACAUAUACAGUACACAAAUAUAAUUUCAAAUAUACUGUAUAAGCCUUUCAUAAAUUAUGAUUUGAAAAUACAAAGUGCAAGGAAUAAUACCAUACUUUGGAGGAAAGAAACCACAAAACCAGGUAAAUGUUAAGAUUAACUGACUGUGCAAUUUAGAGGGCCAGACAUAUGUAGCUCUGGAUUAUCCUGAUGUUAAUAGCAUCACAUGCAACUUAACUUGAGGCUAAUCCCAUUGUAGCAUACAGCUUUUCACUGCUUUUUGUAACCGUUCACCAAAUUACAUUCCUUCAUUUCUCUCUACUGUGACUGUUCUAAGUGGAAGAAAUAACUCGCUAACUCGACCACUGGGAAGGCAGUUUAACGGAUAUUCUAACAAACGUGAAAGGACAGGAAGGAAGAGACAAUGCCUUAGAUCUGAACUAUUUAAUGCUGCUUGAUUUUUUUUGACAACUUCUGUCCCGCGUGCUUUGGUUGCACCCUCUGUUAUAUAGAUUAAUUAACAGUUACUAUUUGUCAUUUUCUGAAUUUUUACAAUAACUAAAUGUAGAGAAAAGUCAAGCAAAAUUACACCUUUG